GAGAGCGGCCUCUCUCCCAGCUCCCAUUCUACGCGCAUGGGCAGAAGCGGUAGGAAACGUCGACCGUCUCAGGAUGCGGACAAACAACGGUCGAAGUUUGCCUCUCUGAGGGCGCAUGCGCUUCAAAGGCCGGCUUGAUGCCAGGGCGCAUGCGUAGAGGCUGGAAGAUGAAGGUGGCGGUGGCUGGUUGCUGCCAUGGUGCUCUUGACAAGAUGUACGAGACCAUCCAGUUGCUCGAACAGCGCCACGGGCAGGCGCUGCCGGAUUUGCUCCUCUGCGCCGGAGACUUCCAGGCCGUCCGUAACGCAGGAGACCUUCGCUGCAUGGCGGUGCCCGCUAAAUAUCGCUGCUUGGGAGGCUUCGCGCGGUAUUAUUCUGGAGAGAAGAAGGCUCCUGUCCUGACCAUCUUUAUUGGGGGCAACCAUGAAGCCUCCAAUCAUCUGCAAGAGCUACCAUAUGGCGGAUGGGUGGCACCAAACAUCUACUAUCUUGGUUAUGCUGGAGUAGUAAAAUACCGUGGGGUGAGAAUUGGUGGACUGUCUGGCAUCUUCAAAUCUCAUGAUUAUAGAAAGGGUCAUUUUGAGUAUCCACCUUACAACCAACAAACUAUAAGAAGUGUCUACCAUGUAAGAAACAUUGAAGUCUUCAAGCUCAAGCAGCUAGAGCAGCCUAUGGAUGUAUUUAUAUCCCAUGACUGGCCAAGAAGUAUAUAUCAUUAUGGAAACAAGAAACUGCUGCUUAAGAAGAAAUCCUUUUUCCGCCAAGAAGUGGAGAACAACACUUUGGGAAGCCCUGCUGCUUCAGAGCUUCUAGAGCACUUGAAACCAACCUACUGGUUCUCGGCACACUUGCACGUUAAGUUUGCUGCUUUAAUGCAGCACGAGGCCAAUGACAGUGGGCAGCAGCCCAAGGCAACAAAAUUUCUGGCCUUGGAUAAAUGUCUGCCACACAGAGACUUCCUACAGAUUGUAGAGAUCGAGCAUGACCCCAGUGCACCCGACUGCCUUGAAUAUGACCCUGAAUGGAUUGCUGUUCUCAAAGCAACUGAUGAUCUUGUUAACGUGUCUCCAAAUUCCUGGAAUAUGCCUGAAAACAAUGGACUCCAUGCAAAAUGGGACUACAGUGUUACGGAAGAAGACAUCAAGCAGGUUUUGGAGGAGGCGAACCAUGACCUCCAGGUUCCACAUAACUUCAGCGCUACGGUUCCUUGUUAUAACUCAAGCCAAUCCCAGCCACGUACAGAACCCAUUCAUCAGAUCAGUCCCCAGACAACAGAGUUCUGUGCCCGGUUUGGCCUCGUGGACAUUAAUGGUAGAAUCCAGCAAUUGAGAGAGGACAUGCUGGGGCAAAGAGAUGAGGAGGAAGAGGAGGAGAUAGACAGUACUGGAUCAGCAGAGGAACCCAGUGACUACAACACAGACAUUUCUGGUUUGUCGUCAUCUAUCAACCCUGAUGAAAUAAUACUGGAUGAAGACAGUGGUGAUGAAGAGCCAGACAGCUGCUCAGUGGACCCGUCACCCGACCAUCCAUCUAAUGUCUCUACAAUGUUUUCUGACUUCAGGAUCAUGCCAGAUUCUAUGACUGUGUCGCCAAAUGAUACUGUGGAUGUUGCUAGAGAUGAACUGGAGAAAUCAAGUGACGGAAACCCCACAGAAGAACUCAGCCCCAGUGAGAAGCCCUUGAAGCGGAUAAGUGACACAAGUGAAGAAGGAAAGGGUGGCCCCAAGAGAAUUAAAAGGCGGAACCAGGCUAUCUAUGCUUCCAAAGAUGAAGAGGAAGUGGAAUGAGAACCCCCCCUUUGACAUCAUAGGCAGGAUCUUGUAUUGCUAUUUCUAUAUAACCUUUGGUGGUUUGGGGGAAUUUUGCAAUCUGACCCAGUUUUGAUAUUUUAAUUACAACAAGCCUUAUUUUUUUAAUAGUACUUUUCAUAUUGGAUCAAAUAUUUUUAUUGGGGGGACAAAUAAUUGCUUUGGUAGAAAACACUUUGAGAUUCAGAAGCUAAUGCAAAGCCUGCUGUGUUCUUUUAUGGAGGCUUUCCAGACAAAGAGAUACUUGUUUACUUUUUAACUGGGUUGGGAAAGGAUAUUUUUGAAUAAGAUAGAGAAGAAUAAAAGAGAUUAAACUUCUUUACUACUUAAGGUCCCCCACUCACCCAUCCACAGCAGUUCGAUCCAGAUCUGAGGAUGGGGAACAUUUGGCCCUCUGGAUGUUGUUGGGACUACAACUCCCAUCGUCCCUGACCAUUGGACAUGCUGGCUGGGGCUGAUGGGAGUUGGAGUCCAACAAUACCCGGAAGGCUCAUCCCUGGUGUAUGCCGUCUUAACCUCAGAAACUAAUAGGCUGUCUCGUGUACAAAAUUCCAUCUGUCAACCAUGUUGAGGGUGUGUUUGAAAUAAUACCGCAUGAAAUUGGGAAAGCAAAUUCAUCUCAUGAUGAGUUGAGCAUGUCAGAAAGGAAACUGAAGCUUGGAAUUUCUUUUAAUGCCAUGAUUCUCCAGCAUGGCCUGUGUGUCUGUAAAUAAAUUCUUUUGCACUGC